GUAAAUGUAAUAUCACAAUUGCUCCUCGCCUUUUACAGAACUAUUACAUUUGCCCCUCUUUUUUUCGGGUUAUGAAAUGGUGCGCUGCUAUAAACGAAAAAGUGAAGACCCAAAAUAUUCUGAAGUUGAAGUCCAAAUAGCUGUGCAGGAGUGUCGAGUAAAAAAGAAAAAUAAGAGACGCCUAACUGCUUUAGGUAAAGAAAAAGAAGAAGAUUUAACUAGAUGCCUGGCUACUCUUGAAAAAAGGGUUUUAGAUUAUCUAAAAGAGGUUCUAAAAAUGGUUUCUCGUUUCGUUAAUGAAAAUCAGAUAGAAACUCCUUUAAAAUAUGGAAUACCUGGUACGGACUGGUUUAUGGGAUUUAAGAAAAGGCACAAGUUAACUGGUGUUCCAAAAGUUUUGGGAAAAAGUUUGUCUGUGCUCUGCGGAGUAUUAAAUCAAAUUUAUCUAGUUAGAAAUGGUAAUAAACGUUGCCCUGGGUUUUGUUUACUUGGUUGACAGCCCAGUUGCUAUCUGUCUGUAGGCAUAAUGGCGUACAAAAUUGAGAUUCGAAAAUCUAUUUAUAACUUUGUCGGCAGAAUGCCAAAAAAAGAGAUCGUUAAUAUUUUCCGGAAUCGAAAUACAGGGUCCGGCACUGAAACUUUCUUUUUUCAAUGAGACGUGAGGACGCUAUUGGAGAUGAUUGAGGCGCGGUAGUGCUCUUAAAGAAGAACGUUGGUGGGGAGAUUUAUUAUUUCUUAACCGUUCGAACCAUUCGUCAGUCGUUUACGGUACAAUAUUCCCCCUCGAGGAGCUGUUUCUGUCCAGGGAUCCAUCUUAUCCUGGGUGGAGGCUUUUAGAACAGUUGGAAAUGUGUGCCGCAGGAAACCAGGAGCAACACGGUCCGUUAGAACACCCGCAAACAUCGAGGCAGUCCGAGAGUCGGUUUUGCGAUCUCCUAGGCGCUCUGAUUCAAAACAUGCGGCUGCCCUGCGGUUGUCGGAUCGUUCAACUCGCCGAAUUCUUCAUGAAGACCUUCACUUUCAGCCCUACAAAAUGGUAGUCGCACAAGAACUUUU